AUGACCCGACCAAGAGUUCCAGACGACAAGAGACAGAGGACUGCGCGUGCUUGCGACUCUUGCAAGCGCAGAAAGCAAAAAUUUCCGACUAUUGAAUGUCGCGAUAUGCAUGUCACCCCCAACAUGCGAUCAAAUCCCGAUGUGCGGCCAGUUCAUGCGCGAACUGGCGAAAACUGUCUGUUCUGGUUGCAGCAAACUGCUCCGAGCGAAGCGAAACUUAUGCGAUGCAAUGGCCUUCACCCGUGCAACACGUGUAUCAAGAGAAACUUGAUAUGCGACUACACAGACGGCCGCGGCCCUGCGAAGCUCAUGUCCGUCCAUGCAACAUCUCCGACAGGACUGAGCAAUGCCUCCGACUCCGUGGACACUAUCGCUGCGACUUCCAGCCGCGAGGCUACCCUCGAAACAUCUCCGAAGAAAGCGACCAAGAAAGCCAAAUCCGUGCGACAGGCCAAAAGACGAAGCCGGGGCAAGGCAAGCCGUUCUCCCAAUGCCCACGAGGUUUGCUCCGUCAGCGAGGAGGGCGAUGAGAGCUCCCGCCGAAGCACAGGGUCGGAAUCAGACGAGGAAGCUGAAAUAAUCGGCCAUAUCCGAAUGCUGCAAGACCCCAUGGAAAGGCUUCGUAAGUAA